AUGGAAGCGAUUCUGGACGCACUACUAGACGUACCGAGCAACGACGCCGAGUUCGACGGGCUCUGGAAGAGAAUGAUGGAGACGACACCGAGCGCACCAGGACUGUUCCCGUCGCCCCCUCAGCGGCCGACCGGACCGAGCGCCGAUCAGAACACCGCCACGGCAGCAGACCGGCCCACGUCCAUCAACUCGCCCCUCGUCACGACCAACUCACCGGCACCGGCUAAGCCAUCCCGUGCCAAACCGGUCCUGGCCAUUCGUGCACCGUCCCAAGGAUUGAUACGGGAAGCAAAGCCGGCGAAGCGUCUUACGGCCCGGCCGGCCCCGAAGAGACCACCACCGGUCAUUGGCGUACGGAUCCAACGAUCCUCCGCAGCCAAUGCGAAAAAAUGGGCUGCACUCAUGGCCGAGCCGUCCCUGCCGAGCAACGGCAGCCAGCAUCGAGGCAACCCGCAGCAACCCGCGCCACCCAGACGGCGACCCGCACCGGCAGAGCAACGGAAGAAGACGUUGGUCGCCCUCUUCGGCGACCCGUUGUCAGACCUGGAGGAGGAGUCCGCGAGCAGGACACCAGCUACCACGUCCUGCGAACCUUCACCACUGCCCGCGGCCAAGCCAGGGCAACCGGUACGACCAAGGACGGCCGACCCACAGGCCCACGCCAUCACCAAGGCGUCGCGGAAAAUCGCCGAUCCCGCACUACCGCCCAGGGUUAGGAGCACCGAAACGAAGGGCACCAGCGGCCCAGCGCCAUGCGGCAACGCCACCGAAGCACCGACAAGGGAUACGACCACCAAGUUCCCCGCCGGCGCCCCACCCGACAACGUGACGCAGGGAACCGCGACCACCGCAACCGCACCGAACAACGACGGAGAGACUCCGACACCGGCACAGCCGACCCGCAGAACCGGCAACCGCCCUGACCGACCGCCUAUGCCCGUGCGCGUGACGGAGGAUUUAACGGUAUACGUACCGUAUUACGCGGCCACGGUAUCGCGAGUGUACAAAGUUCGCCUCGCCAACCGCCGUUUCACGCUCCGGUUUAGUCGGGAUGGCCAGUGCCACUACGUGCGGGAAUUCCCGGCGUAG